AGUGCAUCAAGUCGCAAUGAAGGUGACUAUCCUUAUUUUAGUAGUUUCCAUGGCAGGCUAUGGAUAUUCAAAGUCUGAAAAGGAGCAAGGAAUCGAUCUAAAGCUACUCCAAGCUGAAAUAGAGUCAUGGAAGGGCAUAGCAGUGGUUGAUUUAAUCAGAAGCGAUGGCUAUCCAGCUGAAAAUCAUUACGUCACUACCGAAGAUGGGUAUAUUUUGAACGUACAUCGUAUACCACAUGGUCGAAAUGGUAAAAGGAACGGAAAAGUUGCUUUCCUUCAGCAUGGAUUGUUAACAUCAUCCGCUGAUAUGGUCAUUUCUGGACCAGGAAAAGCACUUGGUUACAUCUUAGCAGAUGAAGGCUACGACGUAUGGCUAGGAAACUUCAGAGGGAACAGAUAUUCCAGGAACCAUACACAUCUCAACCCAAACUGGGGUGCAAAGUUUUGGAAAUUCGACUGGCAUGAGAUGGGCGUCAUAGAUCUACCAGCUAUGAUUGAUUACGUGCUGAAUCAAACUGGUGUUGAUGCAGUUUACUACAGUGGGCACUCCCAGGGCACAACCUCAUUCUUUGUGAUGGGUUCGCUGAGACCAGAGUACAAUCAGAAAAUCAAAGUACAUGUCAGUAUGGCUCCUAUUGCGUACAUGAACCAUAUGACCAGCCCUCUUCUAAGGAUGAUUGCUUGGUGGAGUAAACCAGCUGAUGCGCUCUUUAGUCUUAUAGGGAUGAACGAGUUCCUACCAAGCAAAGUCUUCUCGGCUUUUGGCAAGCUAUUUUGUACCACUGGAAUCACCCGGAUCCUAUGUGAGAACUCAUUGUUCGCUAUCUGCGGUUUCAGUCCUGGAGAAAUGAACAGCACGCUGUUUGCCAAAAUGAUGGCUUAUACACCAGCUGGUGCAUCCACAAGACAACUCCUGCAUUACGGACAGGAAAUACCUACAGUGUUUGGACAUUUUCGACAAUAUGACCACGGCCUCAUAAUCAACCUGGCUAAAUAUGGCAAGCCUGACCCGCCAGAGUAUCCACUGAGCAAAGUGACAGCACCUGUGUAUUUAAUCUACAGUAAGAACGACUGGUUAGCAGCUACAAACGAUGUCAAGAAACUUUACAGCAAGCUAGGGAACGCUAAAGGAAUGUUCUUGGUAGAGGACCACGGGUUCAACCACUUGGACUUCACGUACGGGCAAUAUGCUUAUAAGUACGUUUAUUCGACUGUUGUUGAUGUGUUUGCAAAAUACUAGUUACUUACCGUGUCAUAAAAUUAACAAAACAUAAUAAUAGCUGUAGGACUCAACCUAAUUAUAUGUUUUACGAGUUUUGACUUGGACAUGAACCACGUAAGUAGUAGCAUGUCAAACGUUACACAAAUUAUGUUAACUUAAGUAUUAAUCAAGAAUGAUCUAUCUACACAACAUAACUGUGGGGGUUAAAAAUGUAUUUUUUCCACCAUCAAACGGUCAACUAAACUCUUGAAAUUGACGAAUAUAAGAUUGUUGCUGUACCCAAAAAACUUAAGGAUGAAGUAACGGCCGGCCCAGACAACAUCCCCUCGUCCAUAGUCAAAGACUGUAUUCAUGUCUUUGUUAAACUAUUAUCGAAACGUUCAAUCUCACUGUAGCAACCAAUACAUUUCCUGAUAUUUGGAAAAUAUCUAGAGCGACACCUAUUUUCAAAUCAGCGGAUAAUACUGAUACUAAAAACUAUAGAUCGGUGACAAUACUGUCAAAUUUCUCCAAAUUGCUGGAGAUAAUAUUGCAUAAUAGGAUUUACUCUGCAGCUCAUAGAUUUCUGUCGCCUUUUCAGCAUGUUUUUUUUACUAAGAGAUUCACAGUAACUAAUUUAGCAAUUUUUAUUCAGUUCUCUAUUGAAUGUGUCGAUCGGCAAGCUCAACUAGAUGUACUGAUUUUUGACCAUCUCAUACUUUUAAAUAAACUUUCUCACUAUGGAUUAAAUUCAUCAACUUUAGCACUAAUUCAAAGUUAUCUUUACGAAAGAAAGCGAUAUGCUACUUUCAAUAGCUUCAAGUCGUACCAGCAGGUAACUAAAUCGGGAGUGCCUCAAGGUGCAAAUCUUGGUCCGUUAUUCUUUACCUUAGCCAUUGAUGACCUUGUGCAAUAUUCAGGUUGUAAUAAACUCCUCUUUGCGGACGAUUUAAAAUUAUUCAAGGUUAUUGGCUGUAAGGCUUUGGAUGUUUAGCUAAAUCGCCAUGACUUGAGGACUCGUGUCUAGUUUUUGACCAUAGACCUAAUUUUUCACUCCACAUAGCAUAAAAGGUUAGUGAAGCUUCGCGGACAUACGGUGGGAAACUGCAGAAGCUUCAGCCGCCCAGAGUCGCUGUUGGCUUUGUAUUCUGCAUAUGUCGAUCGAAAUUGGAAUAUGCAUCGGUAAUUAACAGUCUUUAGAGUUGAGAAGGAAGUGUGCGUCAAUUAUUUUCUUGCAUAAACUGCUGGACGAUCAAAUUGAUGCUAAUGAGGUUGUGAUUCAACUAAACUUUAAUGUCCCAUCCAUUCAAACUCGUACCGUUAAAAUCUCUUAUUGUGACAGGGUUCGCACAAACGUAUUUUUGAAAGCCCCCAUAUAUGCAAUGAGUGAUACUUUUAACGCCAUAUCUAUUUGUUGUGAUAUUCACAGUUUAAACAGCAUUCUGGGAGUGGCUAGAAAUUACUUGAACAAUUAAUGAUAUGUUUCUCACUUGAACGAAAUAAAGUUUUGCUAAUUUUU